AGCGUUAAAACCCUUCCCGCACCCGUACCCCACACGCAGCGGCACCUCCUUCCCCGGCCCGCGUCCUCAUUCACACAGCCCCGAACCAACAACCCAUUCGCUCCUACUCGUCACCGGUUGCCCACACCAUCCUCCUCUUCUCCCGGCAAAACCCCCCCGUCGAAGGAUCCCCAGAACAGGGGCGCCGAGCGGUGAAAUCGAUGGAGCUGUUCGCGCAGGCGAAGGCGGUGCGGCUCAAGAGCCACCACGACAAGUUCCUGUACGCGGACGAGGACGAGGUGCACGUCACGCAGGACCGGAACGGCUCGUCCUCCAACGCGCGGUGGACCGUCGAGCAGGUGCCGCACUCGCCCGGGGUGCUGCGGCUGCGGAGCAGGUACGGGCGGUACCUCACGGCGUCCAACGAGCCGUUCCUGCUCGGCAUGACGGGCCGGAAGGUGCUGCAGACGGCCCCCGCGCGGCCGGACUCGUCGGUGGAGUGGGAGCCCGUGCGGGACGGGUUCCAGGCGCGCCUCAAGACGCGGUACGGCCACUUCCUCCGCGCCAACGGCGGGCUCCCGCCCUGGCGGAACUCGGUGACGCACGACGUGCCGCACCGCACCGCCACGCAGGACUGGGUGCUCUGGGACGUCGAGAUCGUGCAGGUGCUCACGCCGGGGCCCGACCGCGCGGACUCCGCUCCCGCGUCGAUGCCGGCUUCGCCACCCGCUCCGGAGCUCAGGAAGCCGCCGCCGCCGCACGCGGCGCACCACCGACCCUCCAAGUCCUACGCCGCGCCCCCGCCACCGCUGGAGCACGAGGCACCGCCGGGGCCCAGGCUCUCCAAGCUCGAGUCCUCCGAUUCUUUCUCAGCCCCAUUGCACAAGGUGGAGGGGCGUGCAAUCCAUUACCACAUUGCAGAUGAUAUGGGCAAUGUGGAUGAUGACACAGAGGGACACUCGUUUAUAUUUAAUGGCAGCAACUUGGAGGAGCUGACCCACAAGUUGCAGGAGGAGACAAACCUUGAUGGCAUAAUCAUAUGCACACGUAGCCCUAUCAAUGGGAAGCUCACUCCUCUGCGCCUGCAGCUGCCACCGAACAAUGCAGCGAUGCAUAUUGUGCUCGUCCGGGAGUCCUCGAAAGUGGCAAAAACAUUUCCAUGGCCAUAUGGUUCGUAAUCUAUGGAGAAGACGGCGCCUUGAUUUUGAUGGUUUGUGAAUCUGGUCUGUUUAUGCCAGUUCCGCAGUUCUACCAGGUAUCAGAAAUUCAAAAGCACCUGCUGUUACUCUUGUGCUUCCAGGGAUCCGGGAUCUCAAUCUUGUACAUGUCCAAAGUGCUAUAGUAGCUUAAAUCAGCGGAGAUUGACUGAUAUUUAUGGCUGAGAGUUUGACCUUGAAUCUUAUAUCCUUGAUUUAUUAAUUUGUGAAGAUAA